AUGGCCAUGACCCUAGGCAAAGACGUCUCCUCCCUUUUCCCAGAUGUCCUCAAGAACAUAGCCACCGCAGACCUCGAUCAGAAGAAGCUCGUCUAUCUUUAUCUGAUUGAAACUUCUCCAGAGACCAAGGCUCUACAGAUAACUCCAAACACCCUCCGGAAGAUGCUUAUGGCGUUGAACGAAUGCACGGAAUGGGGAAGGGUCUCAGUCCUGACCAACCUUGCCAAUUAUACACCAAAGGACCAGAAGGAGUCUGAGAAUAUAUGCGAGCGGGUUGUCCCCCAGUUCCAACAUAUAAACGCUAGUGUUGUCCUUGCUGCUGUCAAAGUGGUAUUCCUACAUAUGAAAUACAUCAACCCAGAUACCGCCAAAUCUUAUCUAAAGAAGAUGGCGCCUCCAUUAGUUACUCUUGUGUCCUCUGCUCCCGAGGUACAGUACGUUGCGCUGAGAAAUAUCGACCUCCUUUUGCAGAGCCAGCCAAACAUAUUAGACAAGGAGCUCCGAGUAUUCUUUUGCAAAUACAACGACCCCCCUUAUCUCAAAUUCCAAAAGCUAGAGAUCAUGGUCCGGAUUGCCAAUGACCGGAACGUGGACCAGCUCUUAGCCGAGCUCAAGGAAUAUGCUCUGGAUGUUGACAUGGACUUCGUGCGCCGUGCAGUCAAGGCAAUUGGGCAAACAGCUAUCAAAAUCGAACUGACCGCGGAGAAGUGUGUGGCUACCCUCUUGGACCUGAUAAACACAAAGGUCAACUACGUGGUUCAAGAGGCCAUAGUAGUGAUUAAGGAUAUAUUCCGAAAAUACCCCGGGUACGAGGGAAUAAUCCCUACACUUUGCCAGUGUAUUGACGAACUGGACGAGCCCGAUGCCAGAGGCGCCUUGAUUUGGAUUGUUGGAGAAUACGCCGAGAAGAUUAGCAAUGCCGGUGACAUCCUGGCUGGCUUUGUAGAUGGCUUCAACGAGGAGUUCACUCAGACACAAUUACAGAUCUUAACAGCAGUAGUCAAACUGUUCCUUAAGCGCCCAGAUAAAGCCCAGGGGCUAGUACAAAAGGUAUUGCGAGCGGCAACCGAAGAGAUUGACAACCCGGACAUCCGAGACCGAGCAUACGUCUACUGGCGACUGCUCUCCAAUACAAGUGAUCCAAACGCCGCGAAAAAUGUCGUUCUUUCUGAAAAGCCUCCAAUUGUCACCACGAUCCACUCGCUUCCACCCAACCUCCUCGAACAACUUCUCACCGAAUUAUCGACAUUAGCUUCCGUCUACCAUAAGCCCCCAGAGCAGUUCAUUGGCCAGGGCAAGUACGGCGCAGACGCUGUACAGAAAGCUGCCAUCGAGGAACAAUUGCAAAACGCCCGAGAAAAUCCUCUGGCUGCCGCAGCCGCAGCUGCAGCCGUUUCAGGCUCCGCACCUCCUCAGAUGCAGAACAACGUUGAGAAUCUACUCGACAUCGAUUUUGAUGGAACGGCCCCGGCAUCUGCCCAAGGGGAACCACCUGCCGGUAUGUCUGGGCUUGAAGGAUUGGCUGGAACACCAAUGAGGGUUGCAUCACCAUCUACGACGGCCCCUCCGCCGUCCAGCAACAAUCUGGAGGACCUCAUGGGGGUAUUCGGAAGCAACAUGACGCCAGCCAACCAAGGCGAGACGAGCUCUGGAAAUGGAAAUGUCGGUGGGAAUGAUUUGAUGAACGGUCUCGCCGCUGAGGUUUCCAACGGCCCUGAUAACGUUGCCAAUAGCUAUAACGAACACCUCUUCUUUAUGUCGUCGACCUCAGGAACCAGCUCCGGUCAUCCACGAGCAAACAACUCUACGCCCUCUAGAUCUCAACAACGGCAGCAGCAGUACUCGCCGCAGUCAACAUCGUCCUACUUGACCUAUCCCGUUACCCAUGUUGUCUCCGGACUCUAUCGACGACUUACAGAGCCAGGUCCGCCGCCGUCUAUCUCCCACGGCUCCCUCAAUCCCAUGAGCAACUCCGCCGUUUUCACGCCUCCUCGCCGCACAGCUUCACCGUUCCAUCCUCCGCCGCUGACACCGCUCACUCUUGAAUCCUCCCCGAAGACGUCAGACCGGCUCCUCACACGGUCGUUGGCCGAAGAAAUAAGACUGCUCGUCCCUCCCCGGCUUCAGCUCGUGGAUACAUGGAAGCUGGUCUACAACCUGGACCGGGAUGGCGCCUCUCUAUCUACACUCUACGAUAAAUGCAGGGAACACUCGGGCCUAAGCCAACGGGCUGGAUAUUUGCUUGUCGUUAGGGAUACGUCGUCCUCUUCGUUUUCUGGGGCUGGGAAUACCAACUCCUCCAGUGGCGGGGCUACGGGUGGUUCAUUGUUCGGCGCAUAUCUUACAGAUCCACCACAUCCGGACUCCCAUUAUUAUGGGACAGGUGAAUGUUUUCUCUGGCGGGCCAGCACUCUUUCAUCUACCCCGGUGAUACCAGCUGCUGCGACAAAUGGGAAUGAUACGAAGCCUGGGCAGUCGUUGCGUGAGAGCUUGGAGCUAGCAGGUCUACCUCCGCCUCCAAGUGCAGACACCUCGAACGUUCGUGGAAGAAACACGACUUUUAGAGGUGAGAACGAGCCCAUUGAUCAUAUGGAUGGCAGAGGAGACUCCUUGCUUCGGCCUCCUAUUACGGAGGAACGUAACAGACCCAAUGGGUCACCCGUCUCAGAGACGUGGACUUCUGCUCGCCCCGUUGCUGACUCUAGAGCAGGUGGUAGCAGAAGCGGCACCCAUACUCCAGAGCACAUACGAUUUAAAGCGUUCCCAUACAGCGGUGUUAACGACUAUAUGAUAUUUUGUGAGACCGGGUUUCUCAGUGUAGGAGGAGGGGACGGACACUACGGUUUAUGGCUCGACGACGCUUUCGAGAAAGGCAUUUCCAGCCCCAGUCUCACAUUUGGAAACGAACCUCUCAGUGACGAGGGAACCAAGUUUGAUGUCCUAGCUGUCGAAGUAUGGAGUAUCGGAUAA